AUGGAACCGAAUAAGCUUAACGUGCCUUCGUUAACGAUCAUGGCAUUUCACGUAUUACUUCACGUUACAAUCCUUGAAGCUUGCCAUGUUUGGACGAAGCAAGGACUUAUUGACGCGUUUUGUAAAAACAACAAAAGUGGCUCGAGGCGACGCAAAGUUCAAGGAUUGAUUGUUCGAUUGGUCCAAAAAGGUAUAAUAAAUUCAUUAACAACGCGUACAGAUAACGGGAAUCAAGAAAUCAUUAUAUAUUGGAUUGGGCCAAAAUUGAAUGAUCGUGGAUCAUCUAUCAAAGAAUCACGGCAGGAUUCAAUAGAAUUGACACCAAAAUCUGAACCUAGUGCAAAACGACUUUCUAUUGGAAACAAAAGCUCACGUCGCUCAAUGACAUCUAUAAUAAGCAAGGCGCAAUCAAAGUUGAACUCAUCGUCACCAUUGUCUCCUAAUAGUCCUUCUGCGCGUUCUUAUAAAACUCCAUUGAAUAGAAAAUCAACAAAAUUUAAAUCACCAUUUAAGUCACCUCUAUUUCGUGAAUUACACGAUCCAGAAACAAAAGAUAUAACAAAUCAGGAGCGGGAAUUGAAAAAGGAAAUCGCUAAUGUUGAAGAAAAUAUCAGAAAGGCAAAAUUAGUAUUGAAAUACCAAGAGACGAAUGAAGGUAGCGUUAAUGAACUAUUAAUUAUGAAAUGGCGUCGGGCAAGUCAAGAAGCUGCGGAAUAUUUAUUUUCAAAAAUCCCAAAAGAAAAGUCAUUUUUAGAAGAGGCAGGUUACUCAAAUGCUUGGGGAAAUUGGGGAUGGGAUGAAGAGGGUUCGAAGAAGCAAAGGUCAAGUUAUUCAGACGAUGAGGAGGAUUAUAAAGAAUUACAUGAAAAGAACAAUGAGCUUAAACAAAACACCAUGAAAUCCAUGCUUCUACGGAUGGGAAUUGACCUGGAAUUGAUCAGGUGGAAUGAGGAUGAUGAAUGCUUUGAACAAUAG